UGGUUAUGAGUGCGUCCGGGCUUUAGGACCCGGCCGGCGCAGUUUGUAGCAAAAAACGUCGGCUGCAUUUGAAAGACUGCAAAUGAUUUGCAGAUUCAGUCUCUGGACGAAUACAAAUACUAAGGCACUAAGUGCAGCGGGUUGUUUCAAGUGUGUCUGUGUGCGGACAAGGCGUGUGUGGCUGCAAGCAGGAGGAAGGUGGCGAGGGGAGAGACACUUACAGUGUCUUCAUCCAUUCUAGACUGCUGAAGAAUAAUCAAACAGCAGAAAUGUAUCCUGGAUCACAUUAUUUGUCAGCCUCGUUACAUGCUGCACAGGUAUUUCCGAAGAAGGUUCAGAAAGAAGCAUCUCCUGAAAGGAUCCUACAAAGCAUUUCACUGAUGACCAGUGAGAGUUCCUGUUCACCCUGCCGUCUGAACCCUCUAACCGGCUCGCCCUGCCUGUGCCGCCGCAGUCCCCGGCUCUUGACCAACGGCUACUAUGACAUGAGUGAUGAGAGCUUCAUGGACCAAGAAGGGAAUCUCACCCUGACUCCAUCCAAAAUCAAUAUCAGUUACAAAGAAAAUCUUGUGCGCAUUUCACUGAUGACCAGUGAGAGUUCCUGUUCACCCUGCCGUCUGAACCCUCUAACCGGCUCGCCCUGCCUGUGCCGCCGGAGUCCCCGGCUCUUGAGCAACGGCUACUAUGACAUGAGUGAUGAGAGCUUCAUGGACCAAGAAGGGAAUCUCACCCUGACUCCAUCCAAAAUCAAUAUCAGUUACAAAGAAAAUCUUGUGCGAAUUUUCCGACGGAGGAGAAAGGCUCGCCGAUCCUUUGCAAGUCUCUUCUCCAUCGAUUCCCCCAGUGCAUGGUUGAACAGAAGUCUUUUCAGCAGAUCCGACUGUCCUCUUGCAGAAUCUUCAUGGAUCGGUGAUGAAAGUGACUUUGACACCAACUUCACCAAUAGACAUGGACAGGGCAGUGCGGAUUUGUCACCGACCAAUAAAUCCUGGUUGUUAGAAGACACUCUACCCCUAAUUAAUGCUGAGGCUUACUCCACUGAAGAUCGACUGGGAGACAGGUCAGAAGGCAUCUUGGAGCUUUCUUCACGUUCCCAGAUACAUCCUGCAAAAUACUGCUUCAACAAGUCGCCGAAAAGCCCAGAUUACAUGACUAUCAAGAAUUUCUUUUUCCAUCUGAUAAUUUUGGCCCUCUCCAUAAGUAUUGCCAUAUUCGCAAGAUGCUUUCUUGGAGGAGUGAUUGCUGCAUUAAUCAUCACCAUGCUGCUGUUCACCGCUGUGCUGACGACAGCAAAGUCAGCAUAUCCCUGCUUUAUCAAAUCGCAAGAAGUCUUGCAUCUCACACAAACUGAGGAAAUCACACCAACCCAAGGCUGAAGUCUGUGAUGUGUCAUUUCAUCUUGACUCUUCCAAGAGUAAACCAAUGAAAAACAUGUGAAAAUCUGGACAUUUGUGAUCACCUGGGUGCAAAGCAUUCGGACCAAGUUGACAUUUCGGCUUCAAGAAAACCUUUGAACUGCUUUUAGUUCAGAAGCUAAAAGAAAAGGAAGAUAAAUCAUUUCAGUAAUCAUGGUUAAGAACGAACUGCAGAUUCAGCAAUCAUGAUGAUACUUUUAAAAGAAAAGUUCAAUGUUAAAAGUUGAGUGUACAUAUUAUGUCCUUAACCUCAACUAAAGGUUCAAAGCUUGGGUCUGAUCCUGUUCCAUUCUCACACAUUUGCAUUAAUUUUUAAUUAAACUUUUUAAUUAAUUUAAAAAAAUAAACUGGUGAUUUAAAAAAUGUAAUAUAUAAAACAAAAACACAUGAAGCCAUCAUCUUAGAUAAAAAACUAACCAUAACUAGUUAAUGAAUGUACUCAAGGGGAAGAUCCUCCUCUGUGACAGCAGUGUCCCUAGUUCUAUGCCAAUAAGGUUCACUUUAAUCUGCCCUCUGGUACUUCAACAAGCUUCUCAAUUGAGUUUAAAAGAAGAAUAUCUAGAUGGACUCUUAUCUGCUGCCUGGGUAUUCAUUUAGGAUCCAUUGAAGACAAGACGCCUGUAAAAUCCUACUCCCUAACAUUUGGACACAGCGUUGCGGGACCACCAAUGGGGAGGGGGGGGGCAGAGGGGAACAAGGGUGGGCCUGGCACGGGAUACAUUUUAACGUUGUCAGUGCCAUUUAUGUAGCGACCAUUGCAUACCCAAGCAAAGACUUUCACUGUAACUUGUCACAUGUGGCAAUAAACUAUUCAAUUCAAUUUGGAAACCUUUAUCAAAGUUGGGAAUGCAGACAAAUUGAACAGCAAUCUGCAAUGUUCAUACUUAUAGAAUCACAUCCACUAACUGACAUCAACCAACUGAGAUCCAAGACCCAUUUCUUACCGUCUUACUGAUACAGAUGCACCUGAAGUAGGGGGUGCAGUAAGGAGUGCGAUGCAGUGAGAUUCUCAACUUUGACUUCAUACUUCAUGUGUGUCCAUUGAUUUAAAGCCAAUCGGGGAAAUAACAUUUUCACUGGCAAUUUUGAAUACGGAAGAAGUAUUAAUGGUACAAGAGCAUUGAAUACAUUGUGGACCAGGAACAUCAAUGUUCAUCACUUCAGUAGUAUUACCGAUGACGAGUUGUGUCCUGAAGGGCACUGCUAUCAGUCCAUAUUUUGGUUACAGUAAUACAAUACCAUUUAUUUGUCAUUUGAACCUCACAUGAGGUUCAAAGGAAAUUUGGUUUCUGCAGUCAUACAAGAAAAGAACCAAGACGCACACCAACACAAUUUACACAAACAUCCAUCACAGUGAAUCUCCUCCUCACUGUGAUGGAAGGCAAAGUCUUGUCUCUCCCCUGCUCUCCAUUCUUCUCCCAAUGUCAAAGUCAAAGCCCCCGCGGCCAUUUAAAGUCGUGCCGUGCGAUGCGAGACCCUGCUCCGGGACUUGAUGUUGGAGCCCCCGGCGGGCGCUAGCAAGUCCGCGGCCAUUUAAAGCCAUGCCGGGCGAUGUAAGGCCCUGCUCCAGGUCACUUUCAAUCCCGCAAUUCGGGCGGGAGAAGUCGCCGUUUUGACAGAUCAAAGAUCUAAGCUACUUAAUUCAUCUUCAUUGUUUCAAAUUGAUCAAUCUAAGACAGGACACAAAGCAAAUUGAAUAAUUGCAUUUAAAAUUAACAUGGUAAAAGAUGAUAGUGGAGGGUUAUUUCUGUGAUUAGAAAAUGUGACUGCGGUGCUGGCACCGUUAUAUAAAUGAAUAGUUUACAUAUAAAUAUAGAAUAUAUGAUUUUUAACAUUACAGAUAUGAAAAUUGGUGGCAGUGUUCAUCAGUUGGUCAAUGGACAGAGUAAUGACGGAUGGAAUUUAACCCUGGUAAAUUGAAGAGGAUGCACCUUGGCAGGACUAAUAACGUAGGGUGCAGGGGAAUAUAAAGGCACCUUGGUUUAAGAGUCCAAGAAUCUCUUAAGGUGGCAUCAAGAUGGUUUAAAAAAAGCCAUACAGGAUAUAUGUUUUUAUUAGCCAGGGCAUAGAAUAUAAAGACAGGGAGGUGAUAGUACAACUUUACAAAACAUUGGUCAGGCCACAGCUGUAUAGUUCUGGUCACCAUCCGAUAGCAAGGAUAUUGGUGAUGAAGCAGAGGAGAAUCACCAAUGUUGUCUAGGGUUUUUUUCGGUAUGUGGAGACACAAAAUAGAUGAGGCAUGUUUCUUAAGAGGAGGAAACUGAGAAGGGACCUCAGAGAGACAUACAAACGUUUCCCUGCAGCAUGGGUAUCUAAAACCACAAGGCUUUAAGGUUAGAGGGGUUCAGGAAUGCAAUGCCUAAAGGGCCUGUCCCACUGUACGAGCUAAUUUAAGAACUCUCCCGAAUUUAAAAAAGAAAUCAAACUCGUGGUAAGCACGUAGAAUGUACGUAGCGGGUACGUCGGAGCUCGGGACAUCUCUUAGCGGCUCGUAGCGCUAACGGCAGGUACUCGGGAAACGCAGUAAACGCGUGAAGAUUUUUCAACAUGUUGAAAAAAUUUCCACGAGAGCCCCGAGUACCUACGAGCGGCUAUUACCUUAAUUCUCCGAGUUCAAAUCAGGGGAAACUCGGGAGAACUCGUGAAUUACCUCGUACAGUGGGACAGGGUCUUUAGGAUGUGGUGGAGGCAGGCACCCUCACAACAUGCAAUCUAUCUAGAUGAGCACUUGAAUUGUCAACGUACCGGAACUAUCGGUCAACUGUCAGUAAAUAGGAUUAGUAUAGACAGGUAUUUAACAGUUAAUAUGAUGAUGGUGGGCCUGUUUCUACAAGACUGAUUCUUGUAGACCGUUUGCUAUGUCGCUCUUCCAGGGAGAUGCUAAAUGCAUUUCGUUGUCUCUGUACUGUACACUGACAAUGACAAUUAAAAUUGAAUCUGAAUCUGAAUCUGAUUCCAUAGGCUUUAAUUUUGUUUAUUAAUUUAUCCUCUAUAACUUUGACUGUCACUCUGCUAAAACCCACCACUGCAUCAGCUGUUCCAUUAUCCAGCACAUUUAGUCGAGUCAUAUCCAUGUUAUUUCAUUAAUUAUUCAAUCUGUCACAAUAUUAACAUGGAUCGUUUAAUUAAAAAAAAAUUCUUGUAUAUAUAUAGAUCAAAUACCAUUUACCAUAAUAUUCCUGAUAUUACUCUAGAUAAAUAUUAGGAUUCAAUUUAGUUGAUUGUCAUGUACACCAGCGUGCAAUGUAAUUCCUCGUUUGCCAAUGUUUCUCUUUCCCCUUUACAAUGUAAAUAUAUUAAUGCUCAUUAAAAGCAGUUCAUUGAUUCCAUUUUCCUCAUUGAAAAACAAUUGUAAAUCAAACAGUGAUGGGAUGUAAGUCUCUGAAAUCUUUAUUUAAAAUUGAUUGGAUUCAUGUACUUUGGCAUAAGUUUGAUUUGCGUCCUUGCACACAUCCUUUGGAUUUGAACUUGCUUUCUUUGUGUGCGACUGGACAAGCAUUCAGGUUUAAAUGAUCCUGGAAUCAUGUAAAAAGGACCUCCUCGAAUGUGCAAAACCUCCAAGUUUUUUGUGUUCAAGAAGGAACUGGAGAUGCUGGAAAAUCGAAGGUACACAACAAAGCUGGAGAAACUCAGCGGGUGCAGCAGCAUCGAUGGAGCAAAGGA